AGAUGUCCACUGCAUCCUUCUCUCACUGAGGCCAGGCCUCUCCGGGCCGACGCGCGACGGUGGAGGAACCCGAUUCCCUUUCCCGAUACCGACCGGUUCCCGAAGUUCAUCGUGCAGACGGGCUCGUACAUGUUCGUGGACGAGAAGACGUUCUCCAGCGAUGCCCUGAAGGUGACGUUCCUCAUCACCCGCCUCAUGGGGCUGGCCCUGCAGUGGGUGAUCCCCUACAUCAAGGACAGCCCCCUUGUUAACGAUUAUCGGGGCUUCCUGGCCGAGAUGAAGAGGGUCUUUGGAUGGGAGGACAAGGACUUCUAG